CUCAUCGUCUAAUUUUUUUUCUCUCUGUCUCUCUCUAGAAAAAAAAUAAGGCGAAAGUCUUUUCAUUCUCUCUCUUCGCCCUUCAUCUGAACAAGCACCCCAUCGUCGAUUAAUCCAAAUCGCUUCAUCGCUUUUACACUUAAAAUCCGACGUUAACCUCGCCGCCGCCGCACUCGGCGAAUCUCUGCCUUGCCUCCGCUGUUGUUAACCAUUUAAAAAUCUCGCGGCGGGUCGUUAGAACCGAACGCUAUUUGCGACUUGUCCUUCUGUGAUAAACACCGCCGGUGAUUCAUUUUCCGGCGUCUCGCUGUCGGAGAAGGUGCGCACGAUUAUUAACAUGCGCACCGUUGGUCCUCGUGGUUCUUCUAUUUGACCGAAUUAGUGUAACCUGUGUUUUCUCUUUCUAUUGAUAGGAAGAUUCUGACCUUCUGGAAUUAGAAGAUAACAAAAUCACCUAGGGACGUAGAGCUGGCUAUAUUUAUUUUUGUCACCAUUACGGUGUGGAGAUAGAGGUAAAGAAGUUUGCAAGGAAGUCCCAUAUGGUUCUAUGGCUUUCUUCAGGAACUUUUCAAAUGAAACAGUUUCACAUAGUGUCCUGGAAGAAAAAGGCCAAGGACAAAAUGCUGAUAGAAUCCGCAAAUCAGUUGGCAACGAAUGUGCUGAUGCAUCUUCAAGUGAGAAAGAGUUCGAUAUGAACAUGGAUGCUCAGUAUCAUAGUGAUGGUGAACCAGAUGGUAGACUGCAAAAUGAGGCUACAGCUGAUGAAGUUGGUGACAUCCAGUCUACUGGAAGUAAAACUGCUAUGGUUGGAAGGUGGGGUUCAACUUUUUGGAAGGACUGCCAGCCUAUGAGCCAUCAGAAUGGGCAGGAAUAUGGGCAAGAAUCACAAAGUGGAUCAGACUAUAGAAAUGCAGAAGGGGCUGAAGAUAAUUCAUCAGAUGGAAGAGGGGAAAGAUUAGAUUCAGAAGAUGAUGAUGGACAGAAAGAAGCAGGAAAAGGUCCAAGAGGCCAUUCUGAUGUGCCUGCUGAGGAGAUGUUGUCUGAUGAAUAUUAUGAGCAGGAAGAGCACAGUGAUUCAUUGCAUUACAGGGGGAUUCAUCAACCGACUGGAUCAAAUUCGUGGCCUCAACAGAUGUCUAAUACUGUCAAUAGUCGUGCAAAUAGGAAUUCUAGGAUUUCAGAUGUUGUGGAAGAUGAUGAAGGUGAUGGUGAUAAUGAUAAUGAUGACGGUGAUGCUGAUUAUGAAGAGGAGGAUGAAGCAGAUGAAGAUGAUCCUGAUGAUGUGGACUUUGAGCCUGCCACAAGUGGUCGUUCUGCAAACAAGGAUAGAGAUUGGGAGGGUGAAGAAUCAGAUGAAGAUGAUGAUAUUAUUGAUAAUGUAGAUGUUUCAGAUGACGAUGAUACCUACUAUGCAAAAAAACCUUCGGGGAGGCAACGUGGUAAAGUGGGACGAACUGUAAAACCUACUAGAGAACGCAAAUCAUUUGCUGCACCUGCUCGGCAAAGAAAACCUAAAACAUCUUUUGAAGAGGAUGAAUCAACAGCAGAGGAUUCUGAGAGUGAAAGUGAUGAUUUCAAAAGCAUGAGAAAGAGAGGUGCUAAUGCUCGCAAGAAUAAUGUUCGUUCUUCUGCGGCUGCAAGUUUUUCUGGCCGGAACAGUGAGGUUCGCACAUCUAGCAGGACAGUUAGGAAGAAGGUGUCAUAUGUUGAAAGUGAAGAAAGUGAAGAAGCAGAUGAAGGAAAGAAGAAGAAGUCCCAAAAAGAAGAACUUGAAGAGGAAGAUGGUGACUCCAUUGAAAAGGUGCUUUGGCAUCAGCCUAAGGGCAUGGCUGAUGAGGCGCAGAGGAAUAAUAGAUCAACAGAACCUGUUUUAUGGAGUAAUUUGUUUGAUUCUGAACCUGAUUGGAAUGAGAUGGAAUUCUUAAUAAAAUGGAAAGGCCAGUCACAUUUGCACUGUCAAUGGAAGUCAUUUGCUGAACUUCAAAAUCUCAGUGGUUUUAAGAAGGUUUUAAAUUAUACGAAGAAAGUGACAGAGGACAUUAGGUACAGGAACACAAUUUCAAGAGAGGAGAUUGAGGUCAAUGAUGUGAGUAAGGAGAUGGAUUUAGAUAUUAUCAAGCAAAAUAGUCAGGUGGAAAGAAUCAUUGCAGAUCGAAUCAGCAAAGAUAAUUCUGGCAAUGUUAUUAUAGAAUAUUUGGUCAAGUGGCAAGGGCUAUCUUAUGCUGAAGUGACAUGGGAGAAGGACAUAGAUAUUGCUUUUGCUCAACAUGCUAUUGAUGAGUACAAGGCUCGUGAGGCUGCAAUGUCUGUUCAAGGAAAGAUGGUAGAUCUACAACGCAAGAAGAGUAAAGCAAGUUUGAGGAAGCUUGAUGAACAGCCUGAGUGGUUGAAGGGGGGGAAGCUUCGUGAUUAUCAACUUGAGGGUUUGAAUUUUCUUGUUAACAGUUGGAGAAACGACACAAAUGUUAUUUUAGCUGAUGAAAUGGGUCUUGGUAAAACUGUUCAGUCAGUAUCAAUGCUUGGUUUUCUUCAGAAUGCCCAGCAAAUCCAUGGUCCCUUUCUUGUAGUUGUCCCUUUGUCUACUUUGUCAAACUGGGCUAAAGAAUUCAGGAAGUGGCUUCCUGAUAUGAAUAUUAUUGUAUAUGUUGGUAAUCGAGCAGGGCGAGAGGUUUGUCAACAGAAUGAAUUUUAUAAUGAUAAAAAGGUUGGCAGGCUUAUAAAAUUUAAUGCCCUCUUGACUACAUACGAAGUGGUUCUGAAGGAUAAAGCUGUUCUCUCCAAGAUUAAAUGGAGUUAUCUGAUGGUUGAUGAGGCUCAUAGACUGAAAAAUAGCGAGGCUCAGCUGUACACUACACUUUCAGAGUUUAGCACCAAAAACAAAUUGCUUAUCACUGGUACUCCACUACAGAACAGUGUUGAAGAGCUAUGGGCUUUGCUUCAUUUCCUUGAUCCUGAUAAGUUCAAGAGCAAGGAUGAUUUUGUUCAAAACUAUAAGAAUCUGAGUUCCUUCAAUGAGAAUGAGCUUGCCAAUCUUCACAUGGAAUUGAGGCCUCACAUACUCCGAAGAGUUAUCAAAGAUGUAGAGAAAUCAUUGCCCCCAAAAAUUGAGCGUAUACUUAGAGUUGAAAUGUCUCCUCUUCAGAAACAGUAUUACAAGUGGAUUUUGGAACGUAACUUUCAUGAUUUGAACAAAGGAGUUCGUGGGAAUCAGGUUUCUCUGCUUAAUAUUGUGGUUGAAUUAAAGAAGUGCUGCAACCAUCCCUUCCUGUUUGAAAGUGCUGACCAUGGUUAUGGGGGGGACUCAGGAAGUAGUGAUAGCAGUAAGCUUGAGAGAAUUGUCUUCAGCAGUGGGAAGCUUGUCAUACUUGAUAAGCUACUUGUUAGAUUACAUGAGACUAAGCAUCGUGUUCUGAUUUUCUCUCAGAUGGUUAGGAUGCUGGAUAUACUGGCUGAGUAUAUGUCACUUAGAGGAUUUCAAUUCCAGAGGCUUGAUGGCAGUACAAAGGCUGAGUUACGACAGCAGGCAAUGGAUCAUUUUAAUGCACCUGGUAGUGAUGACUUUUGCUUCCUUCUUUCAACUAGAGCAGGAGGUCUGGGUAUCAAUCUUGCCACAGCAGACACUGUCAUAAUAUUUGAUUCAGACUGGAAUCCUCAAAAUGACCUCCAGGCCAUGAGUAGAGCUCAUAGAAUUGGGCAACAAGAAGUUGUUAACAUAUAUAGAUUUGUGACAAGCAAAAGUGUCGAGGAAGAUAUUUUGGAACGAGCUAAGAAAAAGAUGGUCCUCGACCAUCUGGUCAUUCAAAAAUUAAAUGCAGAGGGUAGACUGGAGAAGAAAGAAGCUAAAAAAGGAGGAGGUCUUUUUGACAAAAAUGAGCUGUCAGCAAUUUUAAGAUUUGGAGCAGAGGAGCUUUUUAAGGAAGAAAGAAAUGAUGAAGAGAGUAAGACGCGGCUUUUAAGUUUGGAUAUAGAUGAGAUUCUUGAAAGAGCAGAGAAGGUUGAAGAGAAGGAAGCUGAGGGAGAGCAAGGGCAUGAGUUAUUGAGUGCCUUUAAGGUUGCUAAUUUCUGCAAUGAUGAAGAUGAUGGGAGUUUCUGGAGUCGUUGGAUAAAACCUGAUGCCAUAGCCCAAGCUGAAGAAGCUUUGGCCCCACGUGCUGCAAGGAACAUUAAAAGCUAUGCAGAGGCCAAUCAAUCUGAAAGAAGUAGUAAACGAAAAAAGAAAGAACCAGAGCCUUCUGAGAGAGUUCAGAAACGCCGGAAAGCAGACUAUUCAGCUCCUGCAACACCAAUGAUUGAGGGAGCAUCAGCCCAAGUGAGAAGUUGGUCAUAUGGGAAUGUAUCUAAAAGAGAUGCAUUACGAUUUUAUCGUGCAGUUAUGAAAUUUGGGAAUGAGAGCCAAAUCCACUUAAUAGCUGCUGAGGUUAGUGGGCCAUUUGCAGCUGCUCCGCCUGAAGCUCAGAUUGAAAUUUUCAAUUCUUUAAUUGAUGGCUGUAAAGAAGCAGUGGAACUAGGAAGUAUGGACCCAAAGGGGCCUCUUUUGGAUUUUUUUGGUGUCCCAGUGAAGGCAAAUGAUCUGCUUAAUCGUGUUCAAGAACUCCAACUGUUAGCAAAGCGCAUUAGUAGAUAUGAAGAUCCUGUUGCACAGUUUCGUGUUUUAACAUACCUUAAACCUUCAAACUGGUCUAAAGGUUGUGGAUGGAAUCAAAUUGAUGAUGCAAGAUUGCUUCUUGGAAUUCAUUACCAUGGAUUUGGUAAUUGGGAAAAGAUACGAUUAGAUGAAAGGCUUGGCCUCAUGAAGAAGAUUGCACCAGUUGAACUUCAUCACCAUGAAACUUUCUUGCCACGUGCUCCCAAUUUGAGAGAUCGUGCUAAUGCCCUUUUGGAACAAGAGCUUGUUGUUCUGGGUGGUAAAAAUGCCAAUAGUAAAGGAGGUCGCAAGGCUUCCAAGAAGGAGAGGGAACAUCUUAUGACCAUUUCGGUGGCACGUGGGCCAGAGAAGAGAAAAUUAAGUUCUUCUAAAGUUAAUGUCCAAAUGAGAAAGGAUAGAUCCCUGAGGCCCCAGAGGAUUGAACCAAUAGUAAAAGAAGAGGGUGAAAUGUCUGACAAUGACGAAGUGUAUGAGCAGUUCAAGGAGGUAAAAUGGAUGGAAUGGUGUCAGGAUGUGAUGAUUGAUGAAAUGAAAACCUUGAAACGUCUUCACAGGUUGCAGACAACCAGUGCCAAUCUUCCAAAGGAAAAGGUGCUUUCCAAAAUCCGCAAUUACUUACAGCUUCUUGGGCUGAGGAUAGAUCAAAUUGUGUUAGAGCAUGAAGAGGAACCUUAUAAGCAAGAUAGGAUGACGACGCGAUUGUGGAACUAUGUCUCUACCUUCUCCCAUCUUUCAGGGGAGAGGCUGCAUCAGAUCUAUUCCAAGCUUAAACAGGAGCAACAAGAUGAAGCUGGGGCUGGCCCCUCUCACAUCAAUGGAUCGGUCUCUGGUCCAUUUGGGAGAAACCACCCUAGUUCAUUCUCUCGCCAUGUGGAGAGACAAAGAGGAUACAAAAAUGUGACUUCCUAUCAAAUGCCAGAACCAAUUCACAGUACAGGAAAAUCUGAGGCUUGGAAGCGGAGGAGGAGAGGAGAAGGUGAUGGUCAUUUCCAAGGGCAGCCACCAUCUCAGAGAGCUAUGGGUAACGGAAUCCAAACAUCUGACCCUAACUCACUGGGGAUUCUUGGGGCUGGACCAUCAGAUAGACGUCUCGUCAGCGAGAAACCUUAUCGGACACGACCUGGCGGGGCUCCUCCGAGACAGGGUUUCUCUUCCAGCAUAAAAUAGUCACGAUCGUGUGGAUGACAAUGGCUGAUUCUGGAGUGUUGGCAGUGGGCUAUUGGCCGUGCCCUCUGCAAUUUACACGGCUUCAGCUACUGUAUAUUCUCGGGAGUAUAUUUUUUGUCAACCCAUGGGAAUAAUGAGAUCUUGCAGAUCCUUUUUUUGGCCCCCUCUGGCUCACCUGAUGAAUCCCUAAACAUGGGAUUUGCAGCCUUGAAUGAGGUAGUUGAAGCCGACGAUGAUCUGGAUUGUGCAAAGAUGAAAGGAAGUUGUCUUGCACCACUUUUUUUUUCCUCAUUGUCAGCCUUUUGAUUUUCACCAUCCUCCCUUAAAGUUGAGCUCAGCAAGCGAAGUGGUUACGUAUAUAGCGAAAAUCUUGAAAAAAAUUUUCCCCCUUUUUUAAUCUUUACCUUUUAUAUCGACAUGUAUUAGGAAAGUGUAUAUUAUCAGUUUUGCAAUUUAAUUGAACUUGGUUGGCCUUGUGCAGGAUAAAAUUAUGUUAGCUUAUGCUCUCAGAAAUGUAUUCUUCUAAGUGAUUUCCACUGGUCCAUGAAAAAUGAAUUAUUGGAUUUUUCCCCCCUCCUAGGUUUACACGUGUACUCUGAAUUUUUUUUUUAAUAUAUCAAUUUUCACUA